UCAGACAUGGCCACAGCCAUGGAGCCAUAGGUGAUCAAAUCAAUCAGUUGGGUCUGUUGGGUGGGUGGGGGGAAGACUCGAGUCGUCUCCAUUUCUCACAUGAGUCUCCUACAUAGCGCUUAGCAAGCGUGCGAGUGUGCCUAUCUCAGCUAGGAUGUACAAUCAGAUCAGUGGAGCAGAAGCUUAGCUGAAGGCAUUAAGAUUGAAUCAAGAUGGCGGAUCCAGUGAGUAGCUUGAAGCAUAUCACGCAGAUGGCUCUGAAGAUCAAGGAGGCGGUGGACACGGUUCGGAGAAACAAGGAGGAUUGCCUUCAGAUCAGAAGGCGAGUAGUCAGAGUGAGUGAUAUCCUCUCGCAGCUGCAGGAAACGGGAAACAUCAUGAGCAAUCCGGCAAUGAGCGCCGCGCUGGAGGAUCUCUCCGAGACGCUCCGCCACGCCCACACGCUGGUGGUCUCCUGCCAGGAGAAGAGCGUCAUGUGCCUCCUCUGCGCGGCUACCGCGCUCUCCAAGAAGCUGCGUCGGGUGAACGAUGACAUCUCGGAUCAGAUGAUGGUGGGGAUCUUUGUGACCACCGUCCACACUACCAUUGCUCUGAGCCAAAUUCAAGGCGAUGCCCAACAUGAUGUAAUAUAUGCUCUUCCCCGUACAGAAAUAACCGACGACAUCGAAGCAACGCUUCCGAAAAAGGAAGAGCCUAAGCCGCCAUCACCACCAAGGGAAGCUGAACCAGAACCCGAGCCACCACUUCCACCACCAGAGGAACCAACACCCCUAGUGCGAAACGAACCAUCGCCCGCUCCCACACCGGAGAAACCAGAGGCUACUCAGGUAGUAGAGUGCCAUCCAUCACCAGAAAGGAAAUCCACAUACACUGCCCCACAAGAGAAACCAGAGGCUACUUUGGUAGUAGAGUGCCAUCCGUCACCAGAAAGGAAAUCCACAUACCCUGCCCCACCGGAGAAACCAGAGGCUACCAUGGUAUUAGAAUGCUAUCCAUCAUCAGAAGAGGAACCCACACCCCCUCUGUCACCACAGAUAGGAGAAGUGCGAGCAGAGGAUAGUGGCUUUCACUACCGUACUGCUAGGGGCGAAUGUAAGGGGCGAUGCGGAAAAUACCGGUAUUCAAGAACAAGUAGCGCAUCAAGCAUGGCAUCAUCACGGCCCAUUUCAGGAAAGCAGAAAUUUCAAAAACGGACCUUAAUGAAGUUAGGUUUUUCUGAGAUGGAGAUUGCUACACAUCACUUUGCAACAAGAAUUGGCCAAGGUGGUUCUGCUACUUUUUACAAGGGUGUGUUACGUGAUGGGCUCGAGGUUGCCAUCAGGAAACAUGAAAAUGCGCAUCCUAAUCGAUAUGACGACAAGCCGGAAAUGCAUCGUUUGAUUCAUCUCUGCUCAAUGCUUGAACACAAAAAUAUAGUUAAGGUCCUGGGAUAUUGCGAUGAAAACAGGGGAGUUGAUUUGUCCAACGAAAAUACGCCAAAAGAAGUCGUUGGUGCAAAAGAAGAAUUUCUGUUGUUGGUCGAAGAAUAUAUGGCCAAUGGAAACUUAAGCAACUUCAUCUAUGGGGAGCAGCUUGACUGGUCCUCCCGGUUCCAAAUAAUUCAAGGGAUAACUCUGGGAAUUAUUUACCUUCACACACACUCUGGGAAACCUACUAUAGUCCAUCUGGACCUGAAACCAGACAACAUCCUCCUGGAUUCAGACAUGAACCCUAAGAUUGGUGAUUUUGGACUAGCUAAAGUGCUAGAAGAUGAUGAGAUUAAUGCAAGCGUUCGUGGAACAUUGGGCUAUAUGCCUCCAGAAUAUAUUGUUGAAGGUGUUAUCUCGGUAAAGAAUGAUGUCUACGGUUUUGGCGUAACACUGCUUGAGACCAUUAGCGGAAUGAGCAAGUCUGGACGAGAUACUCGUCAUCAAGCUUCGAUUGAGUGGGCAUGGGGAAAACGGAACUCUGGAGUAAUGAACAAGUUAUUCGAUCCCUCACUGUGUGACAACUCUCAACUGAAAGAGAUAAAGAGAUGCAUUGAGAUUGGACUGCUCUGCACCCAGAAGAAACUCACGGACCGGCCAACCAUGCCAGAUGUUCUUCAAAUGCUACAGGGCACGAAGAAGGUUCCAACCCCCAAGCAACCAGGCUACAUCAAACGAGUACGGGAAGCAGAACGUUAUAAACAAGUGUAGGCAGAACGUCUGUAAGAUGGCACAACAAGAUUGGAAGAAAUAGACCAACCAAAGAGGGGCGAAUGGUUAUAGUCCUCAAAAACCAAAAAUUUUAGCGGAACUAAAAGUUACCCACGAAAAUGAUGGAGAUCGGUUUGACCGGUGCGAUGCUGCUGGUCCGACCGCCGAUGUCAUGCCUAUUGGACUGCCGAACUUGAGCAAACACAGAUGUAAGAGCUCUAAUGUACAUUGAAAUUUUAUUACUUCUAUUUGUGGUUAAAAAAUGCAACAACAACGCUCUCAAAA